UUCCCAAACAUUUUCACGAACGUCCCACGUGCCGCUCACGUGCUCUCCGCCGACUCCUCAACGUCGCGAGCUCGGGCGUUUCAUUCUCUUUCUCCUCUCUCUACACCCGAUACCAAAACCCUAAUCCCCUAACUUCGUUUCUGUGAGCUUGUUCAAACUUUUUUUCUUUUUUUGUUUUUUGGUUUCAUCAUCGAGUAGUAGAUUCUGGUUGUCUAAAGGGCAAAUCACGAAGGUCGAGCGCGAUUUUAAUGGAUAUAAAUUUGUUAGCUGAGUGACUAAUUGCCUCUGACCUCGGCUGCUUGCUUUUCAGUCCAAGGUUGCUUCCAUUGAAUGGCUCAGAGAGGCAUUACUUCACUUCGGGAUCAGAAAGGGGUGGCUGAUGACAACUCUGAAUGCAGAGUAUACGUAGGCAAUCUCGACCACAGAAUCACAGAGGCAAACAUACUCAAGAUGUUUUCCCCCUUUGGGAAGAUCGUGUCCGAGGACUUCUUGUGGCACACUCGUGGUGCUAAACGCGGAGAGCCUCGCGGCUAUGCCUUCGUUCAAUAUAGUUCUAAGGAGGAAGCUCAACUGGCGAAGGCAAAGAUGAAUGGGAGACUGGCGUGUGGGCGCCCAUUGGUUGUUCGACUUGCUAGUGAGAAGCAGUAUGCAGAAAGUUCUACUCCUCUACAAGCAGCUUCUGAUGCCAAAAACCUGAACAUUUCUGGCAGCAAAGUGGGGCAAAUCAGCCGCAGCGCCAAGAUUGCUGCUAUAAAAAACAAGCUGAAAUCUCUGGAAGAAGAAGGGUACAACACGAAAAGGCCAAGACUACAAAAAGAUAAUAUUACAGACGAUCAUAAGGAUCUUUCUUGCUGAACGAUGACAAGAGAUCAGUUAAUAUUGAGCUUGUAUAAGUCUUCGGCAUUUGAAAAGAAUUUGAGCUUUACAUUUCGAAAGAAGUGAUGUAUUUUUUAACCUUUGUUACCCUCUCAUUAUGUGCAACAUGUAAUUGCUGCGACAUGCUGUCCUUCUGUGGGAAGAGCAAUUAAUUUCAUUGAUCUUUUCUAGUUCUUCUU